AUGCCCUUUUAUAAAGCGCCUAUAUCAUCCGAUUAUGCUACAAUUCACCAUACGCUAGUGUGUUUAGUGGCGAAAAAUAGAUCGUUAAAAACUCGUUCUUUGACAGAUUUUCUGCGUACUGCAGCACCUCUAUUGCCAAGGAUGGACGUUCGGGUACGGUUGCGGCCAUGGUUGGAAAGUCGACUGAACGAGGGAUGGAUCGAAGGUCUAUGUUGGGUGGACCAGGAGAAAGGCAUAUUUCGCAUACCGUGGAAACACCACAGCAAGCACACAUGGACAGAGCAGGAUGCAGCUAUUUUCAAGGAUUGGGCGGUGGUAACCGGUCGCUACCGUGAGGGCAUCGAUGAUCCUGAUUGGCCCAUGUGGAAGACGCGUCUCCGGUGCGCGCUUAACAAAGCACCGGAUAUACAGGAAGUAAAGCAGCGCCAUAACCUUCAUUGUGAUGACCCUUUCAAAGUUUAUCGCUUUAUAAGUAAGACGGAGUCAUUGUGGCGUGCAAAUGCCACACGAAAUGCCAGUAUGAUCUUCGAUGGUUUACCAUCUUUGGGUCAGCUGCCAACUACAUUCAAUGUGCACAGUUACUCUGCUCGUCGAAGUUCCAACACAUCUGCAGCUGUUCAUCAGAGGCGUCCCACAAUCUUGAUCAGUCGUCUCUCCUCGUUGGCCAGGAACGAUAGCGCUCCCUAUCAGAACAAACCACUGGCCAUUGUCCGUCGACGUGAUCAACUUUUUGUCAAAAAACUCAGCCUUCGAUCCCUAUUACCUUCUUCUUCCCAAGUUCAGGCUCCUCCUCUGUUACCCCAACAUAUCCAUUCAGUAAAUACCGGCCCACUUGACUCUCUUGAUGUUGGUGCUGUUCAAGAGGUUUUUUCGUCUCCCUCUCCCCAGUUUUCUGGUCUUCAUUCGAUUCCUAUAAAUUCUCCUUCCAUCCCCGUUCUUCACCCUCCUUCCUUCCUCCCUCUCCUUCCCGAUAUAAUGGAACCAGAGUUUCAUCAACUAGGCGUACGUAUUCAGCACCUUAAUAUCCGUGUCAGGGACGCGAUUGUCACGAACCCAAACGGAUGCUGUAUUUACUUUGGUCGGUUCGAUGAGGUUCUGGCAUCCAAUCCUGCCACUGAUACCGCAGAUAGCAUUUCUAUAACAAGUUCGCCCGAUGCUAUUGAAAUGGCGAUUACACACAACGUAGCGGACGAGAAUCGUGCUUACGUUGACAUGCUGCUUAGCAAUAUGACUCGUGGGAUCAUUGUAACAGCCAGUUCAAAUGACGGGAGCAUAUACGUGAGGCGGCUGUGUCGGUGUGCUGUUUUUAUCUAUUAUUUGAACGAGAGUGUUGGCGACUAUGUUCUAGUGAAAAAGGUUUUCCGCAGAGAGUGCUUUAAAAUUUUUGAUUACUCUCAAUUUGCUGCACAGCUGGAAUACUACCGUCUGGGUCAGGGCUCAAAGCCUUACUUCGAGGUGGUGCUUGCCUUCGGGCAACAACUUAGACCCGGACUUUCGACACAGAAUCUCCUUGUCUGGUGUCGAGUGGCGAGCUGUAGGGCGUGGUUCCAAGUUCAAAGGGUUAUCUCGGGACUGAAAACACCAGAAUGUACAUUUCCUCUGUCCGUGCCUGGCUCGCUUAACUCGAACCAGAGCAUGCUGGUUGGUGAUGAGGUAUCACCUAUGCCGACUGAUGAUAUCGACAUUUGUGUACCAGACGCAGAUGGCGUGGAGAUCUCGUUGUACUCGCCACCAGCUGGCAUAAAGCUCGAAUCGGAGGAGGUAGAAGAAGAGGUUGUAGUCUCAACUUCUCUUGGUGAUGUUACUUCCUCCGCUCUCAUCGAUUCCGAUCACGGUAACCCACCUGUUGAUGGUGAGGUUAUAACGGAGGUGAUAGAAGAAGAGGUUGUUGAAAUGCCACAGGAGGAGAGUUUAUUGACUAAUCUGGCUGCUGAAUAG